AUGUAUCAUCUAUCUAUCUAUCUAUCUAUCUAUCUAUCUAUCCAUCUCUUUCUCUCUCUCUCAAUAUAUAUAUGGUCUAUGUGUCUGACUGACUAUCUACCUACCUCUAUGUAUCUGUUUCCCUACCUCUCUAUGUCUGCCUGUCUGUCUGCCUACCUCUCUUUCAGUAUGUCUGCUUCUAUCUAUAUUCUGCCUCUCACACAUUAUCAAACAUUUUCACUCUCUCUCUCACUCUCUCUCAUGUUUUCACUCUCUCUCUCUCUCUCACACGUAAUUUCACUCUCUCACACAAUAUCCCCAGCGAUGCCGCACAAUUCUUCUUUUAUUGAUUCAAAAAUCUUCGCGUGUACCACCUAUUCACUCACCCAUCCUCCUUCCGACCCGCCCUUAUAUAUUUUAUACAGUUCACUAUUGAUCUUUUUUUUUCUCUCUUUUCUUCUGUUUCUUCAUUGCAUUUCGCCAAAUUUUCUCUUCUCUCUCACUAACUUUUCAUUUCUCUUCUUUCUCUUGUGUUUCUUUUCACUUUCUCUCUUCUCUCUUGUCUUUGUCUUGUAUUUCUCUUUUUUCUCCUGUCUUUCUCCUCUCUUUCUCUUUUGUCUUUCCUCUUUCUCUUUUCUUGUCUUUCCUCUAUUUCUUUUUUCUUUUAUUUUCCUCUUUUUCUCGUCUUUCUCUUCUUUCUCUUUGUCUUUUCUUCCUUUUCUUUUCUUUUUGUCUUUCUUUUCUUGUCUUUCUCCUUUCUUUCCUUUGUCUUUUCUUUUGUGUUUUUCUCCUUUCUUUCUUUUUGUCUUUCUCUUGUCUUUUCUCCUUUCUUUCCUUUGUCUUUCUCUUGUCUUUCUCCUUUCUUUCUUUUGUCUUUCUCUAGUCUUUCUCCUUUCUUUCCUUUGUCUUUCUCUUGUCUUUCUCCUUUCUUUCCUUUGUCUUUCUCUUGUCUUUCUCCUUUCUUUCCUUUGUCUUUCUCUUGUCUUUCUCCUUUCUUUCCUUUGUCUUUCUCUUGUCUUUCUUUUCUCUUAUAUUUCUCUUCUCUUUGUCUCGUCUUUCUUUUCUCUUGUCUUUCUCUUAUCUUUCUCUUUUUUUUUUUCUCUUGUCUCUUCUUUCUCUUGGCUUCCUCUUUUUUCUAGUUUUUCUCGUCUUUCCCUUUCUUUUGUAUUUCUCUUUCUUUUGUCUUUCUCUUUCUCUCUUCUUUCUCUUCUUUCUCUUCUCGUUCUCUUUCUUUUGUCUUUCUCUUUCUCUCUUCUUUCUCUUCUUUCUCUUCUCGUUCUCUUUCUCUUGUCUUUUUCUUCUUUCUCCUGUCUUUCUCCUUUCUUUCCUUUGUCUUUCUCCUGUCUUUCUCCUUUCUUUCCUUUGUCUUUCUCUUGUCUUUCUCCUUUCUUUCCUUUGUCUUUCUCUUGUCUUUCUCCUUUCUUUCCUUUGUCUUUCUCUUCUCUUUCUUUUCUCUUCUCUUUCUUUUGUAUUUGUCUCGUCGUUCUUUUCUCUUGUCUUUCUCUUUUUUUUCUUGUCUCUUCUUUCUCUUGUCUUUUUCUUCUUUCUCUUGUCUUUCUCUUUGUCUUUCUCUGGACUUUCCCUUUCUCUUUGUCUUUCUCUCCUUUCUCUUGUCUUUCUCUUUCUCUUCUCUUUUUUCUUAUCUUUCUCUUCUCUUUCUUUUGUCGUUCUCUUCUUUAUCUCCUUUCUUGA